CAGCGUUUCUUGCUGACAGAAACGAAACGAGGGGGCAAAAUGCACGACUUUCACUAAGAAUCAUGGCUAGUCGAUCUGCGUGCUGAACCCUCCAUACUGCCACAUCAAAACACUAGGAAUACCUAAGCUUCAGAGUCCAAUGAGGUCAAGACAAAUGUUGCAUCUGUACUGACCCAAUGACUAGGUUUAAUAGUUGACAGUUUGCUUACUUUGUUAAAAGGCGAGCGUUAUCUUGAUAGUAUCAGGUUGAAGUGAGUUUAUAAAGCCUUGAAAGGGGGUGGAGAACAAACCCUACAGGGAUUGCGUUACUCCACCAAGUGUCGUGCGUUUGGUGGUCAAGCAUCUAUGUUCAUGUGCGCAUAGAAUAAAGUGUGCGUAUGCUCUUGAUGGAUGAGAAGACUAUGGAGUCAUUGGAGGACUAUGGGAUACCUGUGAUAAAAUUAAUUACAUGAAAUAAAAUAUAAAAUAAAAUGAAUACAAAAAGAAAUAGAUAUAAAAUAGAUAAGAUAUUAAUAUUAAAAGAGGAACUACUUUUAAAAAUGCAUGCAGAUGAACUUAAAUAUGUCUUURGCUAACCGUUAAGCUGUACUACCAUUACAAUUUUAAGGAAUUGCGGGCUCUAGACUCUCCAGGGAUAACAUUUGUGGAAAGGGUAUAGAUCCAGGUUACAAAUUUGUAAACUGUGGGUCCUGGAUUCAAAAGUUCCGAGAUCCAGUACCACGUAUUCCUAUUUAUAAACUUUAGAACUUUUCUAGGAUAAAAACAUGGUGCGUUGUGGUCUAUCCCGUCGGUAAAAACAACUCGUUUUCAUCGUGCCUUAUCUGGUGCAUUACUGUACUCAAGCUAGACCACAAUGCAUCAUGUUUAACGAACUUUUAAAAGGCCUAUGGCAUAACAAAAGCGCAAAGUAAAAAAGUCCCCUUUUUACGUCCAGUUAAAAGUAUGUCACGUGAUUGGUAUCGCUCACUUUCUGAAGAGCGCGCGUGCAAAGGUAUCUGGGACGUUACGUAGAAAGCGUCCCAAACUGAUAAAAAUAACCAGAAGCCUCUGCGCGCUAAAAUCCUUCCCAGCCCUUUUCUCGACCCUUCCCUAACAUAAUCUGCGCACAGCGCGUGAAACCCUGAAGGAGACCAAAUAUAUUUUUUACAAAAACAAAAAAAAAAACAAACAAUAUUUUGAAUUCUCAACAGCAGCAGUAAGGGGGACUCGCGGAGGGGGUACCGGGAGCCCGGGGUAAUACCCGCGCCAAGUAGCAUAGGGCUCCAGCGGGAAUGACCCGUGUUCCGUUAUAUGUUACGCGGUGAUUUCCUUACUGCUGCUGUGUUAACAUAUUUGUUUUAUAUACGAUGCACGAAUGUAAAGAGUUUAUCUACGACUUCUGUAUAAAGUGCCUGAAACCUAAGUUUAAACCCACUAAACCAAAUAAGUAUAUUUGUUGUGGUAAGAAAAUGCAAAUAGAAGAUGACACGUCAGCACAGUGUUACGAGUGUGGUAAGAAUGUUCGUAAUGCCGUACCAAAUGCUACCAAAGAGCAAUAUUACGCCAAUGGAGGCCGUAAGAAGACCCCAUACAAGAGGAUCAAAUACUUUAGGGACUGGAUGAGUCAUAUCCAAGGUCUUCGACCGGUAUAUUUAGACAACGAAGUAAAGGAGAAAAUCAUAGACCACUUAGAAGAGCCAACCCCACAAAGUCUACGGAAGACAUUGAAAAAAUUAAAGCUAGGGAAAUAUUACRAAGCUAUUCCCUAUCUUUUGUCUGAAAUUACCGGUGACCCUAUUCCUGAGGUUUCUGAUAUGACAAGAGCCGAGUGGAUGUUUUGUCGUCUGGAUAAGGACAUUCCUUAUUACCCUGACGUAAUCUACGAAAUAUUCCAUGAAAUAGACCCCAACCACCCCCUGUUAGGAUGGAUUCCAAGAAGAUAGUGAAUCUUAUGGCAUAAAACGUUGAUUACGUCACAUG